AUGGCGCGGCGCGGCUGGCGGCGGGCGCUCAUCGGGCGCGGACUGGGCGGCGGCGGUCCCCGGGCCCGCGUGCUCACGCGGCCUCUCUGGUUGCUCCUCGCAGUGGGUGUCUUUGGCUGGGCCGGGGCUUCGGAGGGCGCUGGCGGAGCGGCAGGAGCUAUGGACGAGGAGAUCGUGUCCGAGAAGCAAGCGGAGGAGAGCCACCGGCAGGACAGCGCCAACCUGCUCAUCUUCAUCCUGCUGCUCACGCUCACCAUCCUCACAAUCUGGCUCUUCAAGCACCGCCGGGCCCGCUUCCUGCACGAAACUGGCCUGGCCAUGAUUUACGGUCUUUUGGUGGGCCUUGUCCUGCGAUACGGCAUUCAUGUUCCAAGCGAUGUAAAUAAUGUGACCCUGAGCUGUGAAGUGCAGUCAAGUCCAACUACGUUAUUGGUAAAUGUUAGUGGAAAAUUUUAUGAGUAUACGCUGAAAGGAGAGAUUAGUUCACAUGAACUCAAUAACGUUCAAGAUAAUGAAAUGCUUCGAAAGGUAACUUUUGAUCCAGAGGUAUUUUUCAACAUAUUACUUCCUCCUAUCAUAUUUUAUGCGGGAUAUAGUCUGAAAAGGAGACAUUUCUUUCGAAACCUUGGAUCUAUCCUAGCAUAUGCUUUUCUUGGAACGGCAAUUUCUUGUUUUGUUAUUGGGUCAGUAAUGUAUGGCUGUGUAACACUGAUGAAAGUAACUGGACAGCUUGCAGGAGAUUUUUACUUCACAGAUUGCCUGCUGUUUGGUGCCAUCGUUUCAGCAACUGAUCCGGUGACCGUUCUUGCCAUAUUCCAUGAACUUCAAGUUGAUGUUGAACUCUAUGCGCUUCUUUUUGGUGAAAGUGUCCUCAAUGAUGCUGUUGCCAUAGUGCUCUCUUCCUCGAUAGUGGCCUACCAGCCAGCUGGAGACAACAGUCACACCUUUGAUGUCACAGCCAUGUUCAAGUCCAUUGGGAUUUUCCUGGGGAUCUUCAGUGGAUCUUUUGCGAUGGGUGCUGCUACUGGGGUGGUGACAGCUUUAAUAUCAAAGUUCACCAAAUUACGAGAGUUCCAGUUGUUGGAGACGGGCCUGUUCUUCUUGAUGUCCUGGAGUACCUUUCUCCUGGCUGAAGCGUGGGGUUUCACAGGUGUGGUUGCAGUAUUGUUUUGUGGCAUCACACAGGCACAUUAUACGUACAAUAACUUGUCCACGGAGUCUCAACAUAGAACUAAACAGUUGUUUGAGCUUCUCAAUUUCUUGGCAGAGAAUUUCAUCUUCUCCUACAUGGGGCUGACACUGUUCACCUUCCAAAACCAUGUUUUUAACCCAACAUUUGUAGUAGGAGCUUUUAUUGCUAUUUUCUUGGGAAGAGCUGCCAAUAUUUACCCACUGUCCCUCUUACUUAAUUUGGGUAGAAGAAGUAAGAUUGGAUCAAAUUUUCAACACAUGAUGAUGUUUGCUGGGCUUCGUGGUGCAAUGGCCUUUGCCCUGGCCAUUCGAGACACUGCCACUUAUGCCCGGCAGAUGAUGUUUAGCACCACACUUCUAAUUGUGUUUUUCACUGUGUGGGUGUUUGGCGGUGGUACCACUGCGAUGUUGUCAUGCUUGCAUAUAAGGGUUGGUGUUGAUUCAGACCAAGAACAUUUGGGUGUUCCUGAAAAUGAAAGAAGGACUACCAAAGCAGAGAGUGCUUGGCUUUUCCGGAUAUGGUACAACUUUGAUCAUAACUACCUGAAGCCUCUGCUGACGCAUAGCGGGCCUCCUCUUACAACAACCCUCCCUGCCUGCUGCGGACCCAUUGCGAGAUGCCUAACCAGUCCUCAGGCUUAUGAAAACCAGGAACAACUGAAAGAUGACGACUCAGAUCUUAUUCUCAAUGAUGGUGACAUCAGUUUGACAUACGGGGAUUCUACCGUGCACACGGAGUCGGCAGCAUCCGGCGCUCCUAGGAGAUUUAUGGAAAACAGUUCGGAAGAUGCCUUGGAUCGGGAGCUUGCUUUCGGGGACCACGAACUGGUCAUUCGGGGCACACGCCUGGUUCUUCCCAUGGAUGAUUCUGAACCGCCGUUAAAUAUGUUAGAUAAUACGAGACACAGUCCAGCCUAAGCUCCUUAAUCCUCACCUAGUGAUUUGUGACAUUUGCACAUGUGAUUGUGAAGAAAUCUGUACUACCUACGAAGUCCCAGUGCAUGUCUCGGAAUGUCCAAGCUGUAUAAAUACUAUUUAUAUGGCAUAGAAAGAAUAUAAAUAUCCUGUACAAGGCAAAUUGUGAACAAACUAUCCCUUUUCUGUUUUAUCGGCUGCACUAUGUAGAAUGGAUUCGUUUUAGAAAGUUCUUUUCACAGUGAUGUUGUGUGUUCUGUUAGCUUUCUGUCUCAUUUCUAAAUAUCAGAAGUGACGAAUUUCCUCCUUUUCAUGUUGACCUGACACUUAACUGGUGUGCCAAGUUCCUGUGAUGUGAAUUUAUUUUGUGCGCAGGGGGAGGGAGCCGGAAGAGGAAGGGCCGUGGAGCAAGGAGCGAGGGAGGAGAGGCUCUUUUGUUGGAGAACUUUUGUUGACUGCUGCUGCCUUUGUUGUGACCUUUCUUUCACCCCUUUCUUUGACGGGUCUGUUGUGGUCACGGAGUUGUUGAAGUGUAAGGCUGAGGGCAUUGGAUCUUGCCCCAUUCAGGUUGGGGAGGAAAGUAUGGGGCCCUUCUCCCCCUUGCUGUGAAAAGACAGAUUCGGCCAUUACCAUACACUGCUGUGGAGAAAAGGAGGCUGCAAAUGACUUCCAAGACUUUCUUUUUUCCCCGGAGCCGGCCCAUCAGAGUUACAUCCAGCCUGUUGAGCCAAAGUACAGGGGUAUAUAGUUCAGAGCACUUGCGGUUUCCACUCGGAGAGGCUGGGGCCGGAGGGGGCAGAGGGUGGGGGCAAAUAAAGAGCCUGGGGGUUGCAGAGCUCUCUCUUUGCAGACAUGUAAAUAUUCUGUACCAGAUAAGUUUAAGAAAUGUAAUUGCUGCUUAACUUUUGAUUAUGGACUUUAUCUGUAUAGCAAGCUUUGUGGUCAGAAGUUUUUGUAUCACUUGAAAUUGCUGCUCUUUAGCAGCCAGACAGGAGCAAAAUGUAAAAUUUUUGAACUUACUGUGUCUGAUUGUCAUUUGUUAGUCUGUAGUUGAUGUUACAAGUUAAUUUAUGAGUCCUUGCUAGUUUCCCACUACACCAGUGGUAAGAGACACGGAAAGGCUUUGGGGCGCCCUCUCCUGAGCAUGUGUGGUCAGAGCUGGCGGCGCCCUUGUGUGCACUCGGUGGGUGUAGUUGUCUUCCUUUCUGUGUUAUCUUUUUUAAUAUUAACACCUAAGCUGCCGUGUAUCUGUGUGUGUGUGUGUGUGUGUGUGUGCGUUUACAUGUUUCAAGGAAGAGCACGGAAAAAUUUCUCAUUUCAUAUUUGGAGUGUGAAAGGGAGUUUUAUUUGGCAAUGAUAAAAAUACUAAAGGCGCACUGAUAAAGUACACUUCAAAAGGGAAUCCUUUUUCAUGUCGCUUCUGACCUGUUAAUGUUUUUGAAGAAAAAUACAAACUUCGGGGUGUUUUUUUUCCCCCCUCAGGUCUGAGUAGCGUUGCCUUACAUUUUACCCAUUUAGAAAACUGAUUUACGUGAUGUUCAGAUUUUCCAACGUAACACAUCUUUCCAGACCAAAUAUGUACAUGCUCUCCAAGAGGAAUCCGUGCUGGUGAAAACAGUCCUUGAGAUUUUGAGGGAAUUGUGCCGUCACCCCCUUUAGUGGCAGCUGUAACUGUUGGCAUUGCCCUUUGUUGUGUAGCGGUAGCAACUUUCCUGCUAUGCAGGAACCCUGUGAAGUGUGCGUUUUGUACGACUUGUCCUCCUCACGCAGUAAAUAAUCUCUUGUUAAUGUAUGUCUGAGCUUCAGCCUCGUUCACCCACAGAGUCACUCAAGUUGUGAAAGGUUAUACAAUAAAUUAACAACUACCUUUUUUAUUCUGUCAGGUUACUGAGCUCACUUGAUGAAAAUGGCUGUAAAUACUUAGCAUGACAUAUUCAGUAACUCGUCUGUUUCGGCAUGCAUGAAACUUUAUUAGGGACGCUGACAAAGCUUGAGUCCACUAAAUCUGCCUUCGUACUUUAUCAAAGGGGAACCAGGACUGCCGUGCCCACGUCAGCACCUGGAAGACUGUCCUCUCCUCCAGCCCGUAUGCACAUCUCCAAGCGAAGAGGAAAACCCCCGCCCUGCUCAGAGGCCUGCUGGCUUUAGACACCAAAAUGAACUUUGAUGAAGUACAGUGUGAGCUGCCAUCCUGCACAGUAGAACUGCUCUUGGACUUGUUUUUCUGUUGUUUGUGGAACUACACGUUCGACUGACUUGAACAUUGCAUCUUUUAAAGUUAUUUUUUAAGGUUCCUUGGCAUUUUAUCCUAGUUGUCUGUGUUUGGCAAUGUGCUGUUAAAGUAAUAGACUUCUAAUCUUUA